AUGGCAGAUGAACAAUUCGUCCCACCCAACUCUGAGAGUGGUUCUGCGUCAGAACAAGACCUUGAUCAGAUAUGGACUUGGAAUGCUUCGAUACCGCCUCCCGUGGAAGGUUGCGUUCACGAUCUCAUCAAGGAAAUAGCUCUGAACCAGCCAGAUACCCUGGCAAUUUGCGCCUGGGAUGGCGAUUUCACCUAUUCUCAGAUGGACAACCUGGCUAACGAGGUCGCCCAUCGUAUUCUCGAAUUUGGCAUCGAACCAAAGUCGAACAUACCGAUUUUAUUUCCGAAGUCACGAUGGACUUGUAUCGCAAUGCUGGGUGUCAUCAAAGCAGGAUGCAGCGCGAUCGCCCUUGACGGGACACAACCCGAUACAAGAUUGCGAUCAAUUGUCCACCAGACAAGAUCCAGAUUAAUCGUUUCAUCAGCUACAUAUGCUUCGAGAGCGAACCUGUUGAUGGAUGUCCCAGUUCUUCAGCUUGACGACAGAUUAUUGGAAGUUCAGGAACUUCCAAGAGAGCAUUUAUCUUCAUUACCCUCCAUUUCGCCAUCCGAUAUUGUGUAUAUAUCAUUCACGUCAGGUACGACUGGGCAACCCAAAGGUGCCUGUAUUAGCCACUCGAAUGUUAGAAGCGCAGUUCACUACCAAGGCAAGAAGCUUGGAUUUCACCGACGAGCGCGGGUGUUUGACUUUGCUCCGUAUUCCUUUGAUGUUGCAUGGAGCAACUUUUUGCAUACGCUAUGUGCGGGUGGCUGUCUCUGCAUUGCUUUAGAAGCGGACAUGGUGAAUGAUCUCUCGUCCGCCAUAACUGCUUUUAAGGCGACCUUGAUCAACAUUACCCCAACUGUUCUCCGAACGAUCAGUCCGAUACCGCCAACUAUUGAGACAGUGCUUCUGAGUGGCGAAAUGCCAUAUCGGCAAAAUGUGACCGAAUGGGCUGGACGCGUGAGGCUGCUUAAUACCUAUGGACCUACCGAAUGCACUUUUAAAUGCGCCUUCUCCGUGAUCGAUCCAUCCAAGGAGGGUCGUCCAGAUAUCGGCUCCGGAGUUGGUUUCUCUACGUGGCUUGUCGAUCCUAAUAAUACCGACCGGCUUGCUUCAAUAGGAUCAGUUGGGGAGCUGUACCUCGAAGGUCCAUUAGUUGGUCAGGGCUACUUAUCAGAUCCUGAAAAGACAUCGAUGGCAUUUGUCAACAAUCCCAUAUGGCUACUUGCAGGAAGUAGUAACCGAGCUGGCCGACAGGGUAGACUCUACAAGACUGGGGAUCUUGUAAAGUACAAGCCCGACGGCAAGUUGUUAUUUGUUGGUCGGAAAGAUACCUCUCAGUUGAAAAUACGAGGCCAAAGGGUUGAAAUUGGCGAUGUUGAGCAUCAUGUACGUGCUUGCCUUGAGGACUCUCUUCCAAUUAUUGUCGACAUUAUUCAGCCUCUUGGAAGUGACAGCUUCUCUUUGACUAUGUUUGUCUCGACCAAAAAUAUGGAUACUGAACGCGUCAAAAAACUACUGGAUGGUAUUGGAGACAGGUUACGAGAUGUGUUACCAGCUUUCAUGAUCCCCAGCAUCUACCUUCCAAUCGAUGAUAUCCCUGUCGCCUCUACCGGUAAAGUGGAUCGCCGAUCAUUGCGAGAAAUGGGAAGCGCUCUGUCCUGGAAUAAGAUUAUUGCGCUGCAAUCAACAAUUUUUUCUAUUAAAGAAUAUUGCGAACCUUCUACGGAGAAAGAGAAGCAGCUCUGUGCGGUUUGGGCAGAGGUCUUGGACUUGGACUCAUGCCUUAUUAGCACAACAGACAACUUCCUUCGACUUGGGGGUGACUCGGUGGCUGCCAUGCGUGUGGUUGCAAAGGCUCGAGAGUACGGACUGCCAUUGACUGUUGCAGACCUUUUUAGGAGCUCAACGCUGAGAGACCUGGCUCGGAUGACUGAGAAGCAAUCACUUAGCCACCAAGAUGAGGAAAUCGCACCGUUCUCUUUGCUGAAUGGGGCAAAGAACCAGACAGAGAUCUGUACAGAGGCUGCAAUCCUAUGUGGUGUGGAGGCGGCUGAAAUAGAAGAUGUUUAUCCUUGCACACCACUACAACAAGGAAUGCUCGCAAUGACGAACAGAGACGAAAGCGCGUCACGUCCUGGAGGCAAGUCGCCGAAAUUGAGGAUGGACUACGUUUCGAGAACCGUUUUUGAACUACCCGAAGACAUUGAUGUUGAGCGAUUACAAGAUGCAUGGGAAACUGCUGUUAUGAGCGCAUCGAUUCUUCGAACAAGAAUCGCUGAUCUAUCUGGGGAAGGUCUGGUCCAGAUUGUCGUUGCGGACAGUCGUGCGCAGCUGCAACAGUUUCAACAUAUCAACAACUUUCUAGAGCUAGCGCAGCCAAUGGGCCUGGGGACUCCGUUAUGCCGCGCAGGCGUGAUACGAGGUGACUCUCCAUAUUUCGCUCUCGAAAUGCACCACGCCAUAUUUGAUGGAUGGUCCACAGCACUUAUUUUAGACUCACUCGAGGCAUCCUACCAACAAACUAGAGGAACAUUACAACCUCUUAAACCUUUUCAGCCAUUUAUCAAGUAUGCCUUAUCUGCAGAUAGCCCAGAAGCAGCAGCGUUCUGGAAGUCUCAGUUUGCUGACACCGAGGCCACUAUUUUCCCACCUCCUGGCCACGUAUCCGAUGAAAAAAUCGACAUAAGUCAUGAAGUCACCGAUUUGGAGUGGCCAAGUAGCGGUAUUACGCCAUCAUCAGUAAUACGUUCGGCACUUACAUUGUUACUUGCCUCAUAUACAAAUUCGAACGAUGUCAAGUAUGGAGCCACUGUAAGUGGCAGACAUGCUCCUGUCUCCGGAAUAGAUCGAAUCGCUGGUCCUACAAUCGCCACAAUUCCGAUACGAGCGAAAUUUCAUUGGGAUUCCACGGUGGAAACUCUUUUACAACAGGUCCAGCAGCAAGCCAUAGAUCUUUCUGCUCAUGAACAGUUUGGCCUCCAGCGUAUUCAGCGUGCCCAAGAGGAUAACGAAGAAGCUAGCCAAUUCCAAACUCUUCUGGUUAUUCAACCAGCCACACAAGGGACAAGUCAGAAAGAUGGCGGUCUCUUUUCUCACACUAGGGGUGACUCUCAGCAUACACCUACGUUCAGAAUUGUUGAUAAAGACGGACAGGACGACAGCAUGGGCAUCUACAACUCGUAUGGAAUGCUGAUAAUAUGUCAGCUAGAGGAUUCGGGAUUAAAACUGAAAAUAAAUUUCGACUCAGGCGCGAUCCAGCAGAAGCAAGCCCAACUUUUUGCUCAUCAGCUAGAGCACUUGAUAAAACAGCUCUGUGAUGAACAAAUAACAAAGUCACCAUUGCGCAAUAUUGCCUCAAGCAGCGAGGGAGACCUCAAGCAAAUAUUCAAUUGGAAUAGAGCCUUGCCAGAGCUGGCCGAUGGAUUCGUAACUGAUUUGAUCGACCAGCAAGCUAUAAACUCUCCAGAUGCCAUCGCCAUUUCGUCAUGGGAUAGAAGAUUUAACUACGAGGAGCUGGAAAAUGCUUCAAACCGCCUAGCGCACCGCCUUCAACAAGAAGGAGUUGGUCCUGGAUCUGUUGUCAUAUUAAGCUUCGAGAAGUCUUCUUGGAUGCCUGUUUGCAUGAUAUCUGCCCUGAAAAUUGGAGCAGUCGUGCUACCGAUGUCUUCACCAACAUCGAACAAACGAGCGCAAGCCAUGGUCGAAAGCCUACAACCAACCAUUGCUAUUGUAUCGAAUUCUCCUGAUACAUCUCCGUUCCGAGAUCUAAUACCAAUAUUUGCUAUCUCCGAGUUGGUGCAGUUUAGCGACGAAGAAUGGCUUCGAGUGCUCCCACCUCGUGAGAACCAUUGCUCAGAUCCGGCCCUCAUAUUGUUCACCUCUGGCUCAACAGGGACGCCCAAGGCUAUUCUAUGGAGCCACAAAACCCUAUCGAGCAAUAUUCAAGCAGCCAGAGAUUCUUUCGAUAUCACAACUAGUAGCAGGGUAUUCCAGUUUGCUGGAUAUGAAUUCGACGUUAGCACAGUGGAAUCACUUGCAACAUUAUCAGUUGGAGGCUGUUUGUGCAUACCAUCUGAGUCAGAUAGGACCAAUCGACUAUCUGGAGCUAUUAAUGAUGCCAGGGCUAACUGGCUAUGCUUAACGCCUUCUGUAUCCGAAACUCUCGUUCCCACAGAACUGCCCUCUUUGAAAACUCUCGUGUUUGCCGGCGAAAAAUUGCAACGUAAGACUGCAUUUAGGUGGACAGAGCAGCUCGACACAGUAUAUAACUGGUAUGGACCAGCGGAAGCAUCAGUCGCGACAUCAUACUCAAUUGACAAAAAGACAUGGAAGAAUGGAAUCAUUGGCACCAGUACAUUUGGCGCGACUUGGCUUGUCGAUCCCAAAAACCCAAGUGUCCUAGCGGCAAUUGGUACAAUUGCGGAACUGUGCAUCGAAGGGCCCCUUCUUGCGAGCUACACGGGUAAAGAUGGACAGACAUUAAACGAGAAAGCUUUCUUUUCUCCGUCUUGGCUUUGUCGCGGUACUUGUGAACCAACCCCACAAAGUAGACAACUCUAUCGAACUGGCGAUCUGGUCAAGUACGAUGUUGGCGGAACCAUUCUAUUUAUCAGCCGAAAGCAGGACUCACAAAGAAAGAUAAGAGGCCAGAGAAUAGACCUGAACGAAGUGGAGAUCUAUGCUCAAACGUUUCUACUUGGAAAGCUUGACGUAGCCAUUGUGGCCGAAAUCAUUUCUCCGUCAGGUAGCGGUAGCGAUAUUUUGGCUCUCUUUAUUAGUCCCAUGGGCACCGAGGCUCGUGAGGAAGAUGUUGCAAGUUUCGUCAAGCGAGCCCUGCCGGCUGAAGAUUUGGAAGCCGACUUGUCAAAUCAUCUACCAUCAUAUAUGAUACCAAGAGUCUAUGUUUCUAUCGAAAAAAUUCCUAUGAAUCACUCUGGAAAGACUGACAGGAAGCGUCUGCGCCUUAUCGGCAGCUCAUUAACCCACGAACAAUUGGCAUCUAUGCAGCCUUUACGCAGAGAAAUACGGAAACCCUCUGGUGCGAUGGAGACAAAAUUGCAACAAAUUUGGUCCGAAGUUAUUGGCAUUGAUGGUGAUGCGAUAUAUGCUAACGACAGUUUCUUCCGUUUAGGGGGGGAUUCUGUCAUGGCUAUGCGCCUAGUAGCAUCCGCACGUAAACAAGGAUAUUUAUUGACGGUUGCAGAUAUUUUCGAAGCGCCCCAACUUGAGAAAAUGGCAUUGAGGAUUAAGCACGAUAUUGGUGCCCUAGAGCAGGUAGUGUGUCCGUUUUCACUGCUCGGAAAAGGCAUCAGCGAGGCCGAGGGUCGUUCAUUUGCGGCCAGACUGUGUUCAGUUCCGGAAUCUCAAGUUGUUGACAUUUACCCUUGCACAUCCCUCCAGCAAGGAUUACUUGCUCUAGGAGCUAGGAAACGUGGCCAAUACAUUUCACGCAGCGUUUUAGGGUUGCAAUCUGAAGUUGACACGGAGCGACUUCAACGGGCAUGGCUGGCUACAGUGGAGAAACUACCCAUUUUGAGAACGCGCAUCAUCGAUAUUCCUCGCCAAGGUUUGAUGCAAGUAGUUCUCAAGGCAUCUCCUUUACGGUCUGGCCACGAUGUGGAAGCCUAUAUUCGGGAUGAUGAAUUGGAGCCCAUGGGUUUGGGGACAGAACUCUGCCGCGCCGCCAUCAUUGGCCGCAAUUUCAUAUUCACAAUACAUCACUGCACGUAUGAUGGCGACUCAUUGAAGAUGAUUUUAGAUGAGAUUGAGUCACAGUACCUUGGAAAACCUGGACUGGCUGUUACACCGUUCCAGAACUUCAUCAAGCACCUAAGCCAAGUAAGCCAUCAGGACGCAUCUCAAUUUUGGCAAAACCAGUUUGCAAACUUGGAGCCUCGACAAUUCCCUGUUCUACCAUCUUCGGACUAUCAGCCACAGGCAAAUGAAGAUUUUGAACAUUCAAUUUCGCUGAAAUGGCCACGCACUGGAACGACGCCGUCCACAAUAAUACGGGCAUCUUGGGCAAUUCUGGCUGCUCAAUACACGUCAUUCAGUGAUGUGAUAUUUGGACUGACAGUCAGUGGACGUCAAGCAACUCUAAAAGGCAUAGAAAAUUGCGUUGGACCAACCAUAUCGACAAUACCUGUUGCGGUUUCGUUGGAUUGGAAUGAGACCAUUGAAGCAUUCCUUGAGCGAUUGCAACGCCAAAUGAUCGAAACAACGCCCUAUGAGCAGUUUGGACUACAAAAUAUUCAGAAUUUAUACAAGCAUCUGGAUCCUUCCAUGAUACAAACUCUGCUUGUGGUGCAGCCCGUAGCUGAAGGAAAGAGGCUGCAUGAAGAUAACCUUACACAGGGUACGGAUCCUUUCAAUACAUAUGCUCUGAUGAUUAUCUGUGAAUUGGCAUCCGACGGGCUGCGUUUGCGAAUGAGUUUUGAUAGCAACAUCAUUGAUAAAGAGCAAAUGCGUCGCAUGGCGCAUCAGUUUGAGACCAUACUUGGACAAAUAUGUUCGGAAAAUAUGGUCACAGCUACGCUUGAUACAAUGCAGACAGUCAGCAACAACGACCUGGACUUUUUCUGGGGUAAAAAUGCAGAGCUUCCUGGCGAGGCAGAUACAUGCAUUCACGAUAUUAUCGCGGCAGCAGCAACAGCACACCCAGAUAAGAUUGCCAUAGACGCUUGGGAUGGACGGUUUUCCUACCAACAAGUUGAAGACCUUUCAACUACUCUUUGCCAAGGACUGAUGCGACUGGGAACUGAAAAGGGUUCAGUUGUUGCACUUUGUUUUGAAAAAUCUAAAUGGGCUGCAGUCGCUCAAAUCGCUGUUUUUAAAGCUGGGGCCGUUAGUUUGCUACAAUCCAGUGCCGUUCCUGAGCGACGAAUUGCCGCCGUCUUUAAAAAUGCCAAUGUCAAGAUCGCAUUGGUCUCUGAGUCUCUAAUCGACAUGAUUUCUCGACAUGCUAAUAGUUUUACGAUCGAUCAACUGUUGGCGAUACACCAUCAAGAUGAAUGCAUACCGUUACCGAUACUGAAAAUGAGCGAUCCAGCUGCUAUUCUCGUUUCAUCUGGAAGCACAGGAGAGCCAAAACAAAUACUCUGGAGCCAUAGAGCGGUGUCGGGAAACAUCAAAGCUCACAGUGAACACCUGUCAAUUGAUGCAUCUUCUCGAAUCUUCCAGUUUGCCUCAUAUGAUUUCGACCUCAGCACUAUUGAGGUAAUGUCUGCGCUUGCCAGUUUAGGUUGUGUGUGCAUACCAUCGGAAGCUCAGAGACUAGAUGGAUUGUCAGCCGCUAUCAACAGCUUUGGAGUUAAUCAUCUUAAUGUUACCCCUUCGGCGGCCAAACUUCUCCGCCCUGAAGAUAUGCCCAAUCUAUCGACCCUCGUAUUCGCUGGUGAGAAUCUCACUCGGCAGGACAUCGACAGAUGGAAGGGGAAAAGUCAAAAAAUUAUCAAUUGGUACGGACCAGCUGAAUGUUCUGCGGCGACUUUCUGCGCUGUUGACGACGAGACCUGGCGCAGCGGUGUUAUUGGGCGGAUUGAUUCGAGACAUCCGACCCUUUGCUGGCUCAUUGAUCCAAGAAACUACAACAAGUUGGUACCUUUCGGCGCUGUUGGCGAAAUUGCACUCGAAGGGCCCAUGUGCGCUGAGGGCUACCUCGGGAACCAGACAAAAACAGACCUUUCAUUCUGUAGAGAUCCAGGGUUUCUAGAAUUGGGGCAAGGAAUGGGUAAAUCCGGUAGACCCGGCCGCAUUUAUCGCACUGGCGAUCUGGCUAGAUAUGAUACCAACGGCGAUUUGAUCUUUUUGGGUAGGAAGGACUUUCAACUCAAAAUCCGAGGCCAACUUGUUGCCCCGCAAGAGGUAGAGCAUUCUAUACGGCAAUGUCUCGUGGAUGAAGACGAAGUUCAAGUGGUGGUAGAUGCUGUCGUGCCUAAACAUAGUGGCAACCUUACUCUUGUUGCAUUCGUCACCUUGGCUACUCACGAUGCAGUGGAAAGUCUAACGGUAGGAUUAAACGAGAAGCUUAAAACUGUUCUACCGCGAUACGCCAUUCCAUCUUACUACAUACCAAUUCCAUCCAUUCCGACCACGCAAACAGGAAAGAGAAAUCGAGCUCGAUUACAGGAAAUUGGGUCUGAUUUCAACCCCCCACGUCAAGAAUCUGACGAAGAGAAGCUAGAACCAUCAACUACUACUGAGAUCAAACUGAGGGAGUUGUGGUCCCUUGUCCUUGGGAUAAAUGCAACUGAGAUCUCGGCAAACGAUAGCUUUCUGAGAAUUGGGGAUUCUAUACAGGCUAUGCGGUUAGUUGGAAUUGCCCGACAGCAAAAUUUGCGUUUGUCAGUAGCCGAGAUCUUCCAACAUCCUAUAUUGCUAGACAUGGCAAAAUAUCUUCGGCAUGUGGACGAGGGGAAAGAUGCGGUUUCCAUCGACCCAUAUACGUUGCUUCAUCCAACACAGCCAGUAGAGCUUCUACGUCAACAGGCAGCAUCCAUGUGUGACAUUGCUUAUGACGAUGUUGAAGACUUAUUUCCUUGCACGCCAUUACAAGAAGGACUAUUAGCCCUGACUGUGAAACGUGAAGGCGAUUACACCGGUCGCAAUAUUCUGAAGAUCAAACCAUCAGUCGAUAUCCAUCGAUUUAAAAGAGCGUGGGAGAAGGUAGUUUCCACACUGCCUAUCCUACGAACAAGAAUUACAGAUCUUCCAGGGCAAGGCUUAUUGCAGGUCGUUAUCCGCGAACGCGACUACUGGAUUGAGGCAGAUGAUAUUAAUGAGUAUCUUACAAAGGAGAGACAACUACAUAUGGGACUUGGGUCCCCCCUCAUGAGAUGUGGGCUGAUUUCGGAAAAUCCUAACCAAAACCGAUUGCGUUCCCGCACCAGUGAGAAAGAAUCCUCUUCGUCGCUAUAUUUUGUAUUGACGAUGCAUCAUUCCAUCUACGAUGGCCUAACUACGCCAUUAAUAUUCGAAACACUAGAAAACUUCUACAAUGGCAACACACCAUUAACACACUCUAAUCUCCAGUCAUUUGUCAAAUAUAUGGGCAACAUGGAUAGGAAAGCAAAAAUCAACUUCUGGGAAGCUCAGUUCAAGGACUUAGAGGCUGUGCAAUUCCCUGCUCUACCCUCCCCAACACAUCAACCACAGACAAAUUCCGUUUUAGAGCGGUCGAUUAAAGACAUUACUUGGCGAAAGGAUAAUAUCACCCCGUCAACAGUGAUACGUUCAGCAUUUGCACUACUAUGCUCGCAGUAUUCCAAUUCGACGGAUGUUGUAUUUGGAACAGUGGUGGAUGGGCGCAAGGCUCCUGUCGAAGGUAUCGAGAGGCUAGUAGGCCCUACCAUUGCUACUGUGCCAAUCAGAGCCAAGAUCAACAAAGAAGUCAAUAUUGCGAAACUCCUUAAUGAAAUGCAACAUCAAGCAACAGAUAUGAUCCCAUACGAACAAAUGGGUCUAUCAGCAAUACGCUUGAUAAGUGAUGAAGCGCAACAAGCGUGUCAAUUCCAGGCGUUCUUAGUUAUCCAACCGCAGGAGCAAAAUACAAAGGAAAGUGGCCUUUUCGAUUCCGAACCUAUCCAGGUUGACACUGAGGCUGGACCUCAUCGCUACCAUGGGUUUAACUCAUACGCAUUCUCUUUAAUUUCUACUUUAGUUGAGAAUCAACUAAAAUUGGAAUUUUGCUUCGAUUCGACUGUAGUCGAGAACGAAACAAUCCGAAGGAUGGCAACAAGCUUUGACCAAUUGCUGAAGAAUCUUUGUUCGCAUAGUCUAGAUGAUUCAUCGGUUGAAUACAUCACUAUGGCAAGUGACGAGGACCUUGGCGAGAUAUGGAGAUGGAACUCUGAUCAACCAGAGAGCAUUGAACGAUGUGUCCAUCAUCUCAUUGAAGAGGUUGCCCGUAUCCAACCUGAUGCUUUAGCAAUUUCUGCUUGGGAUGGUGACUUGAGCUACGAGCUCUUGGAUCGCCUAGCCAACACAGUUGCUCAUAAGUUAGUCGAAAUCGGUGUUGAGCGGAAUAUGAUCAUUCCAAUUUGUUGUGAGAAGUCAAAAUUUGCCAUGGUAGCGUUUCUUGGUGUUAUUAAAUCGGGAGGCGCAGCCCUUUUACUAGAUCCCACUUUGCCCGCCUCACGUCUCAGAUCAAUCAUUGAGCAAGUCAAUCCAUUGUUGAUUCUGACCUCUGCCUUACAAGAAGCACUGAGCUCUACUUUGAGUACAAAAACUUUGCUCGUGGGCGACAGCUCAGACUUUAUUCAGUCUACCAUGGUCAAAGAAACAGGCCGUAUUACUAAAGAGUUGCCAUAUGUUGACCCUUCUGAUCUAUUGUACGCGAUUUUUACAAGUGGAAGUACAGGAGCACCUAAAGGCUGUCUCAUGCAGCACCGAAACUUUAGCAGCGCAGUGGUGCAUCAACGAGGCGUUUUGAAGCUCCACAAUCGCUCGCGAAUGUACGAUUUCUCAUCGUACGCGUUUGAUGCAUCUUACUGGAGCGCUUUUCAUGUUCUCACUGCCGGUGGAACUCUAUGUAUUCCAAGUGAUACAGAGAGAAAGAACAAUCUGACGCAGAGUAUUCAAAGGUUUUGCGCCACAGAUAUCUUUCUUACUCCUUCCACAGCACGUUUAAUUGACUCUUCAUUAACGCCAACGUUGCGGAAUGUUCAUCUUGGUGGCGAAGAGGUUACAAAAGACGACGUUGCUCGGUGGUUGCCGUAUGCGAACACUUUUGUGUCUUACGGACCAGCUGAAUGCUCUGCGGGAACACUAUACUAUAAUGUGCCAAAUCCAAUGCCAUUCCGACUAGCUAUAGGCAAACCCGUAGGAGUCUCUGCAUGGAUUGUGGACCCUGAAAACAGUGAGCGUUUAUUGCCUAUCGAGUCUGUGGGAGAACUCUAUUUGGAGGGAGCAUUGGUUGGCAAAGGCUACCUGGAAGAUACAGAAAAGACACAACGAUCAUUCAUUGAAAAUCCUCAAUGGCUACUAAAUGGAAGCCCUGACGGUUCCAUACCUGGACGGAGAGGUCGACUUUAUAAAACAGGAGAUCUCGUAAAAUACAAUUCCAUUGACGGAACAUUCAUAUUCGUUGGAAGAAAAGAUACACAAGUUAAGCUCCGAGGACAAAGAAUUGAGCUCUCUGAAGUUGAGCACCAUGUCCGAAGCUGCUUGCUUUCAAGGCUGGAAGUCCAUACAGCAGUUGCAGAAAUUAUUACUCCAAAGAUUACGGGACGAUCAGCGCUAGUUGUGUUCAUCCAGCUUCUAAAGACUCAUGACGUCAGCAUAGGGGAUGUUAUCGAUGAUGUUGAGCACGAGUUAUGUCAACGACUGCCAUCUUACAUGAUCCCGACAGCCUUUGUACCGCUAGAAAAUAUUCCACUUGGGACGAGUGGUAAAACAGAUCGGAAGCGUCUGCGUCAGUUGGGGAGCGAUUUAACCCUAGAACAAUUAGCCGGCCCAGGCAGUUCCUCAGAUAGCAAAUCGCAGCUAACUGAGUCGGAAUCUCAUCUCCGACAACUGUGGGUAACUGUUCUAGAAGUUCCAGCGGACAAAAUUCAUAAAAAUAGCAGCUUUUUGCGACUUGGGGGGGAUUCAAUAUCUGCUAUGAGGCUAACUGCUGUAGCUCGCAGUCAGGGAGUCAAUCUGACAGUGCAAAACAUCCUUGGGGCAGCGCGGUUGUCUGAAAUGGCAACAUUUAUGACAUACUUUGAAUCAGAGGACCCUGCGGCGCAUGAUAGCAUGAUUUUGCCCUUUUCGUUGCUGAAAAGUCCAGAUUCGAAAGACCGAGCUUUUGCAUAUAUAUCUAGACAGUGUGCAGUCGACAUUUCACAAAUCGAGGACAUAUUCCCUUGUACCGGAGUGCAGAAGUCUCUUCUCUCAAUGACAGCAAAAUCCGAAAACUCGUAUAUAGCCAGAUUUUCUUUGCGGUUGCACGACGAUGUCGAUAUAGAGCGUCUCCGGAAUGCUUGGCAAAGAGUGAGCCAAUUUGCAGCACCUAUUCUGCGUUACAGAAUAGUCGAUGCUCCUUCGGAAGGUCUUGUUCAAGUGCAAAUAAAUGAGUCAAUUGAUUGGAAAACCUAUGAAAGUAUUGAGGCAUAUCUUGAGCAAGAUCAAAGCGAACCAAUGGGAUUGAACAAACGCCUUACCCGACUCGCAAUUAUCCAAGGCCCCAGUGUCCAAGGACGGCUUUGUCUCAUUACUCAACAUCACGCGAUUUACGACGGCUACUCAUUGAAUCUGCUUCUAGCAGAAGUAACAAGAGCAUAUGAUGGUAUUACAGACGACGGUCCUAUUGCUCCCUUUCAACAGUUCAUCCAGCACAUCAUGAAGGUUGACCAGGAUGACGCAAGAAAAUUCUGGAGUAAUCAAUUUUCAGACACUGUUCGACGUCAUUUAACAGACAUGAAAUGGCAGAACACAGACACCACGGCUUCAACAAUUAUUAGAACAGCUUGGUCGAUUCUCACAACUCGCUACACGGAUUCAAACGACGUGAUUUUUGGAGCAAUGGUCACUGGACGACAAGCGCCGUUAGUUGGUCUCGAUCGCAUGAUCGCGCCUCUUAUCAAUGCCGUCCCUGUGAGAGUCAAGAUAGACCCAAAAGCGACGGUGGAUACCCUGCUACAAAGCGUGCAAGCACAAGCAAUUGCAAUGAUUACUUACGAGCAGACCGAAUUGCUGGAUAUUCGACGAAUAGAUGCAAACACAGAGAGUGCAAGUCGAUUUAAUACCUUAUUAGUUGUACAGCCUCCAGGCCAAACUGAGUAUGCGGAUCGAGGCGGUAGUCUAUUCCAGCAUCAACCUGAAGUGUUUUCUACUCAGGAUGGCCUUGACGACUUUAAUCCAAAUGCUGUCAUGAUAAUGUGCCAGUUGGCCAAGCCCAACGAUCUCAAGCUAGAAAUUAGCUUCGACUCCAACAUCAUUGAUUCGGCUCAAAUGGAGCGCAUCGCUAACCAGUUCGAGCAUGUUUUGCGCCAGAUUUGCAAUUCGACUGCUCAAGCGGUGGAAGAUGUCGAUCUACUCAGUGCACAAGACAUUAAGGAACUAUGGAAUUGGAAUGGGUCAGUACCCACCGCAGUCCAAGAUUGUGUGCAUGAUAUAAUUGGGAACACAAUGAAGAGACAGCCUCAAGCAAUGGCAAUAUGUUCUUGGGACGGAAGCUUGACAUAUUCUGAGCUGGAUAAUCUUUCAUAUCGUUUGGCUUCUCACUUAGUCGCUCUAGGUGUUCAACCCGGAAGCAUAGUUCCCCUCUGCUUCGAAAAGUCAGUGUGGUAUCCUGUUGCAGCUCUGGGCGCAAUGCGGGCUGGAGCGACAUGCAUCGCCAUGGACUCGACUCAACCAGAAUCACGACUGAGGUCAAUUGUCCAACAGGUCAACCCUAAACUGGUUUUGUCUUCUGUUAACAAUGAAGCGUUGGCAAGCCGCCUCUCCGAUACUACUGUAGUCAGUAUUGAUCGCAGUCGCAUUCCAGAAGCGCCCACGGACUUUAUACUGCCUAAAAUUAGCCCGUCAGACUUAUUAUACGUAGUUGUGUUCACAAGCGGAUCCACAGGCGUGCCUAAAGGUAUAUUGACGACACAUGAAAACUUUGCAUCUGCAGCUACCCAUCAAAAAGAUAUCCUGCAUAUACAUGAAGGAAGCCGUGUCUUUGACUUUGUAUCAUAUAGUUUUGAUGUUUCCUGGUCCAACCACCUGCAGACAUUGAUUUGUGGAGGUUGUCUAUGUAUCCCAUCAGAGUGGGAGCGGAAAAACGACAUCGCCGGCGCAUUCAAUAGGAUGAAAUGUGAUUAUGUGUAUUUUACACCUUCAGUUGCCCGAUCCCAGGAGCCAUCCUCGAUGCCUGGCAUCAGAACGUUGGCAAUGGGAGGUGAGCCUAUUCAGGCAUCUGAAGUAUCUCGCUGGACUCAAGCGGAAGCUGUUAUAGGAAUUUAUGGGCCAGCCGAAUGCGCUCAAGCACUAUCCUUUGCUUGCCUGGAUUCCAAAACACGGAACAAUCACGUCGGAAAUCCGUUUGGCGCGAGAACUUGGCUCGUACAACCAGGUCGCCCAGACCGCCUUGCCGCUAUUGGCACCGUUGGAGAGCUCAUGAUUGAAGGACCAACCGUUAGCAAAGGAUACUUUGGCGAUGUAAACAAGACGAAAGCAGCCUAUAUCCAGGAUCCGACAUGGCUCUCGGCAGGCACCAAGGAACAUCCAGGACGUCAAGGUACACUUUACAAGACCGGCGAUCUCUUGCGCUACAACUCGGAUGGAUCAAUGGACUUCCUAGGGCGGAAAGACGGUUUAAUUAAGCUUCGAGGUCAACGAAUUGAGCUAGCAGAAGUGGAAUUUCAUGUACGCUCCUGUCUGGGCGAUCCUAGUUUGUGCGAUGGCAUCGCUGCGGAGAUCAUUGUGCCACGAAAUAGCACCAACCCAAUUCUCGCCGUUUUCUUGAGCCUUUCUGAAGGAAACACGAUCCAACUCGAGGAGGAUGUACACAUGGUCCCCGGAGCAUAUAUCCAUGUAGAAAAGAUUCCUAUGACAACCACAAACAAAACAGAUCGACGAUCUUUACGAGAACUCGGUAGUAAGCGAACUCUAGAGCAGCUUGUGGAACUACAAUCUCAUGGGAAACCGCGGAUCAUGCCAUCCACUCUGAUGGAAAAAAGGCUUCAGACCUUAUGGUCUUCUGUUCUUGAGAUCAAGGCCGAAAGUAUUGAUGCUGAUAGUAGCUUUCUCCGAAGCGGUGGAGAGUCGAUUUCUGCCAUGCGAUUAGUCUCAGCGGCACGGGAGCAAAACUUGUCGCUGACUGUUGCAGACAUUUUCAGGUCACCGCGUUUGUCUGAAUUGGCAUUAUUGGUCAAAGAAGUCAAUUCCGACGAACAUUACCAUUCGGUAUCGCCAUUCUCCUUACUAAAAUCUGAUGACCCGCAAGCCUUCCUGGAGAAAUUUGUAAAGCCGGCUCUGGACGUUGACCUUGAGGCUGUCAGGGAUGUGAUUCCCGCAACAGAUUUUCAAGAACGCUCAAUAUUAGAUGCACUCCAGGAUCCGCCGAACAGAUAUCCUCAUUGGAUUUUUGACCUACCUGCUGAUGUGGAUUUCCCAAAGCUGGAGCGCGCUUGCUUCGAAUUAGUGAAUCAUUUCGACAUCCUGCACACUGUCUUCAUCCGAGCGAAUGGCCGUUUUUGGCAAGUUUUAUUAUCGAACUUCAAGCCAACAUACGAUCAUGUAGAUGCCGACAACCAGGAUAUGGCGUCGUUUAUAGAUUCGAUCUGUGGGGAAGAUCUCAAAAGACCUCGAGAACUGGGCCGCUCGUUCGUUCGUUUCAUCAGUGUCAAACACGCCUCAGGAAAGCACAAGCUUGUGUUCAGAAUCUCGCAUGCUCAAUUUGAUGGCUUUAGCUGGGGAUUGGUUCUUCAAACUUUGUCAUUAAUCUAUAAUCAGCAACGGCUAUCGCCCUCUUCAUCUUUUGCCCAAUUCAUCUCCUUCAAUGAAUCGAAGAAGAGACAAAGCAAGUUUUACUGGACCUCAAGGCUUCAUGGAUCGUUAUAUCCAGCAUGGAGUUUCAGCGACUCUUCAAAUGAUAUAUACGCAACAGAUGACAGAUUGACAGUCAAGAAAACAAUUCCAAUGCUAAACACUCAGAGCAUGGGAGGGUUUACGCCUGCGGUGAUAUUCCAUGCCGCGUGCGCAAUCGCCCUUUCUCGCCAAUUUGAUCAACAGGAUGUGGUGUUUGGUCGCCUUGUGACCGGCCGUUCAAUGCUUCCAAGCCAUCUCCAAAACGUUGUGGGCCCCUGCAUGACAGAGGUCCCCAUCAGAGCCAGUGUAACCGCAAACAGCACUCUCGCCGAAGUUGCUUUGCAGUUACAAAACCAAUUCAUUGAAGAUUCAUCACAUGAAGCCGCAGGGAUGGCCGAGAUCAUAAGGGACUGCACAGAUUGGCCUCAAGAUGUAACGGAUUUCGGCUGGCGAACAUCUUUCCAGCAGGAAGAAGAAACGGAAUUUUCAUUCUUGGGAUCGCCUAGCACUGUUUCAUUUUAUGAACGACCCUUACUUCCUCGCAAUCGCCCUGAGAUAUACGCCACGCCGCGAGAAGGGAGCCUUGAUCUCGAAUUUGAAGGCAACCGGAAACUUACACCCGAAAGUACAGUAAUCAAGUUUUUAGCGGAGCUUCAACGCAUAUUGGGGGCAUAG